AUGUUUGAAGCAUUAUCCCUGACAAAAGGAUCAGAAUAUAAGUACCUGUACGACAACAAUGAAACCUGUAUUGAUGUCAAGAUGGAUGUUCUGUUUACUCUGAGUAAUGGAAAUGAAACUGUAAAAUUUGAUGGAAGUAAUUUCACUGUGAAGAGUGGGGAUUGUGCAAUUGAAGGAGAAUAUCAGGCAGUGUUAAACCUGGGAAAUUCCUUUGAAGAUCUUCUGGCCUUGACUUUCAAUAUUAACCCUGAUUUAUCAGUGAACAUGAGCUUGAUGUUCCUGUUUGCUCCAUUUGAGUUCUUUUCAGGAACACCCAUAGCAGCUACAAAAAAUUUGUUGGACACUGGAGACUUGAAACUUGGAUACAUCGAUCAGCUUUACCAGUGUGAAUCCACUCAGAGAAUGACAUUGACUGGAGUGCUAGAAGGCACCACUUAUACAAUGGACAUGGAUAUGUCUAAUGUACAGAUUCAGGCUUUUAAUAUAACAAAUGGAAAACUCAGCACUUCAAAAAUCCAGAAUUUUACACAUGAGAUUUCUGUGUUUGUGUGUGGUGCUGAUCAGAUGACAACUGUAGCACAAGAGACAACAAAAGCAACCUCUGAACCCACUCAACCCACAACUGAACCAUCAGCAUCCGAUAGAAAACAACAGUUCCAUCUAGGAGCCCUACCACUUCACUUCCAAAUCCUCCAUUUCCCCCCAAAGUCCAGAUAUGAAGUCAUUGAGAACUCCAAAGUCUGUCCCAUCUUGGAGGGACGCUUCCAGCUAAAAGUGACUUAUAUGACAAAGGAGAAUAAAACUGCAAGUGCAACUGUGGAUGUUCCAGUGAGCAGUGAUGUCACUGUAACAGGAACAUGUGGAAAUGAAAACACCUCUCGUCUAACUUUCACACCAAAAGAUGCCGAUAUUCAAUCCUUGAGAUUUAAUUUCGAAAUAAUGAACGGGAAAUCUAACCUUAUAUCUUGGUUUGCUGAAGUGAAUAUCUCAGAUGCCAUGGAACCUGAUUUCAAUCACUCAGUGACUGCUAAAGUGAAUUUAUCAAGUCCUAAUUUAUAUUACAAAUGUGAAAAUGAGGGAAACUUUUCGGACAAUAAACUGACCUUCGUGAACAGAGAGUUAAAAGUGCAGGCCUUUAACAUUGAAGACGGAAAGUUUUCAGAAAAUGGAGUGAAUUGUGAGGCAGAUUUUGGUCCCAUUCCAGCUCCAGGCCGCUCUCCUGUCAAUAUAUAUUCUUCUGUAAUGAAUCGAAAUAACACAUGUGUUGUAUUCAAGGGAAAAGUGGUUUCCCUGCCAGAAGUGUACAAUGUGUCCGGUGAAUGCAACACAACUCUGAAUGGACUCUACUCUCAACAAAUGGUGAUUCGCUUUUACGACACCUGGAUCUUGACUAUUUACUUUUCAACUGACAAGAAUCAAAAGACAGAUCUAUUAUCAGCUACGACUGCUGUUGAAAACUACUACAUCUCACAAAUAGAACUGAAGUAUGAAUACAACAACAUCCUCUUUAAGGAUGCAGUCGAUAGCAUUCUUGGAAAAGAAAUGUCAAUUGUUGCUGGCAAUCUCAGAAAACUCACAACGAAUAAUAACAAGAGCUACAAGUGUCAGAAAGAAACUACCUUUCAUCUGCAAAAUGGAUUAUCUAUGAUUAUUAAAGACCUUCAACUGGGGACACGGCAGACUUCAGUGAAAGUCUCCUUUUAA